UUUCCCUUAUUAGUUUGCUCGUAAUUGGAAAUGGAUUUGUUAUGGACGUUCAGUCGGAUUUGGAAAACCGUCUCGCCACUGUGGAAAGUCAACUGAAUGAGAUCACGCAUUCUUGUGCACAUUGCCCAGGUGGACCACAUCCAAUGACAUCUUCCGGUCCUCGUCCAGCAUUUAUGGCCGCUUUGUCGAGUGACCCAUUCUCUUGUUUUCCUGACUCUCCGCUCAUAUUUGACAACGUGAAACUAAACGUUGGUUCACCGUACGACGCGAGACAUGGAACGUUCAGAGCACCAAGAAACGGUACUUAUUUCUUUGCCGCAACUCUGACCGCGAGUCCAGAUAGCUAUUUCCACAUGAAAUUUGUCAUUAACUCGCUUACGAAUGAGGUUGGAUACUUGUACGCUGAUGGCCAACAUCCAGACUUUCUCGAGCGCUCUACGUCAAUUGUGGUCAGACUGAACGCUGGCGAUGACGUCUGGAUAGCCUGCAUAUAUGAUAGCCACGUAUCUGGCGGACACUCGGGCACGGCGCGCGACUAUCAUUCGCAUUUUGAAGGAUUUUUAGUGGAUUAAUUUAUGGAGGAAUGGAAAUGAAUGAACAUUUAUUGUGGUUUUAUUUAUACCAGAAUUGCACUGAUACAAUAUAAGCAGUUAUCACAUGAUAUGCAUUGCUUCCGUUUUAAUAUAAGCAUCGCGUAUUUUUUCUGUAUCACAUGUGUGAUAUAACAUUCCUAAAUUUCUAUUGGUCAGAAAAUGUAUCACUUUAAAUGUUGUAAACGAGUAAAUUUGAAAAAAAACCCUGCUUAAUUGCAAACCAUUGGUAUUAAUGUAUAAACUCCAGCAAGACAUAUCAUACGUUAAACUCCCACUACGAUUUAUUUGACAGUAGUUCAUUUUCAAUAUAGAUUA